GGGUUUUUGUAGCAAAGUGUGUAAUUGAAGUCCUAUUGCACACAUAUCAUAUCAUAUCAUAAAUCAAAAUGGACAAAUUAUAUGAAGAGGUUGAAGAGCCAGUUAGUCCAACCGGUCAAUAUUUCAACAACUCCAUCAUAUCUUCAUACGUUGUUGCCUUUAUGGAAUUUGCUAAUCCAUUUCAUGAGUCACUAUUGAUACCUUUUAUCACAAAUGUCUUCUUUCAUGCCAACCCACGCUUCUCCUCUAUCAUGGUUAGAGGCGAAGAUGGUACCAUGAGAUGGAGAAAGGUUGAAGUGUAUCCUGAAGAGCAUAUAAAGAUUCCGAAAUUACCUGAGAUAAAAGAAUCAUUAUAUGACAAUUAUUUUAAUGAGUAUGUAACAAGUAUUCUAAAUGCAAGAACACCACAAGACAAGCCCCUUUGGGAAAUUCAUCUUUUCAAGUAUCCAACAAGCAAGGCUGCUACAACUGCAAUAUUCAAACUUCAUCAUGCAAUUGGAGAUGGUUAUUCUUUGAUGAGUGCUCUUCUUUCUUGUCUAAAUAGAGCUGACGAUCCUUCUCUUCCGUUGUCUUUUCCUUCUAGACAACAAUCACAUUCAAAAUAUGCACAAAAAAGUUUAUUUCAAAAAAUAUGUUUAACUACGUCCUACUUUUUUGGCUCCAUAUUAGAUUUUGGAUCAAGCAUAAUCCAGACAAGAAUUACUGAAGAUGACAUAACACCCAUAAGGUCAGGGUAUGAAGGAACUGAAUUACAACCUUUUGCCCUGUCAGAAAUAGUAUUAUCUCUUGAUCAAAUCAAAGCAACCAAAUCAAAGCUUGGAGUGACUAUAAACGAUUUGGUUACUGGGAUAAUAUUCUAUGGAAUUAGGCUUUACAUGGAAGAGAAGGAUGAGAAGACAAAAUGUUCAAAUUCAAAAUCUGUGAUAUUACUCAACACAAGAAAUAUUAGUGGUUAUAAAUCAUUGAAGGAAAUGCAAAAACCAAAGUCCGAAGGUGGUCUUUGGGGGAAUCAAUUUUCUAUGUUACAAAUAUCAAUACCUAAACUAACCCAAUCAAGAAUUUCCAACCCUCUUGAGUUUGUUUGGGAAUCCAGUAAAUUAAUCAAAAAGAAGAGAUAUUCUUUCGGUGUUUAUCUCAUGGCUUUGCUUAUGGAUUUUGAGAGGAAAUUAAGAGGGCCUGAGGCUGUAGCUAAAGUACUCUUCAAGUCAGCUUUUAACUCAAGUACUCUUAUCACAAACAUGAUAGGGCCAAUAGAGAAGACAGCUGUGGAAAAUAUUCCAGUAAAUGGAAUAUAUUUCACCGUCAUGGGUGGACCUGAGAAUUUAUUCAUUUCACUUAUUAGCUAUGUGAAUAUAUUAAGAAUCACCUUGAGAACUCUAAAGGGAUUCAUAGAUGAACAAAAAUUAAAGUUGUGCAUAGAGAAAGCAGCUGAAGUCAUAUUCAAAGCAGCUAUGGAUAUUUCCGAGAUACCCACCACAAAUUAACUGAGACAUUCAUAUACUACUUUUUUUUUACUUCCAGUACUUGUUUUACAUACAAAUAAAUAAAUAGGUUUAGAUGUACUUAUUAUUUUAGCUCAUAAAAUUUCAAAAUAAAGAAAUGUAGUCUCUCGAAACUUUAAUGUAUUGUUUACUUUAAUGUAUUGUUAAUUCUUAUUAUUUUA